AUGGGAUCUCUUUCUCUCCCCUGCUUCGAUUCCGUCACCAGAGUCUCCAGAGGAGAGAAAGAAAUCGGCGCGGUGGAGUUGGAGACCGAUAAAUUCGAUUUCGAACAAGGCAACAACAACAACAAAGAAAACAUCUUGAUGAACAAACCGACAAAGAACGAUUGGGUGUGCAUCGCAAACAGCGAGUGUCAGGCAACUAAUAGAAGAGGAGGUUUGUAUUGCCGAAUGUGCGGAACCGCGUAUAAAGAAUCGUACGUGAAGUUGAAACAGAUGCAGAAAAUUCAACGGGAAGAGGAAAAGAAGAGGAAGAAAGAGGAAAGAGAAGCGCAAGCGAGAAGCAGUUCGAUGUUAAACAGAGAUUUUACCAAUUCAAAGAAGAAAGAAGAGAAAAGCGAAAACGAUGACGAUGACGACGUCGACUUGGAAAGUUCGCUGAUGUUUCUAACAAUGAGUAACGCCUCGAUUACGUCUAAACGCAGCGGUGGCGACUUUGCGGACGGCGGAGCAGGCGAGAGCGGGCAAAAAAAAGGGGACGAGACGAGGAAAAGGCUCGCUGAAGCUUUAACUUGGGAGGAAGUCAAAGAAGAACAGCUGAAGAAGAGCUUUCCGUUGAUGUCAUUCGCAUUUUUUGCCGCUUUCGUGUAUAUUUUGGUACCUAUUUGCGUGUGCUUUUUUGGGGUGGUUUUUGCGGGCGCCAUUUCGUAUUUAGAAGAUUGGAGUUUAGAACACUCGUUCUUCUUCAUCGUAGGCGAAAUCGUAAAGUCACCGAUAAAUUUAAACAACAACAUGGAUUAUCCCAUUCACCCGAGUGGGGUUUGCUUAUCCGUAAUGCUUUCGAUUUGGUCGUAUUUAAUAAUUCUGACCACCGUGGCGUUACUGAGCGACUUGGAAAUCAUCAAAUUUUGGGCGUUUAAAAUGGAAGCUGUUUUAGUUGACGUGUUUCGAGUGACUCUUUUAUCGGACUCUGAUGCGAGAGCGAGAGCAAUUGGUUCGCGUUCUGUUUUUUUCAGCUUCAAAGUUGGAGAAAUCUUGGGUUUGGCGUCUUUCAUGCUCAUCUUCGCGCCUUUUAUGAUUACGGUAGUGGGCUCCUUGACCACGCUUCUUUUGUACGAAACCGAGGGCAUAACGUACCGAAAAGCGUUGACGCUAUCGUUGCGUGGUUUAUCUCUCGGGAGAAGUUACGAUGAGACUAUUUUAAAGCUCAAUAAUCCGGCGAGUUUGGUAUACAUACUUUAUUUAUGCUGCACGGAGAUGGCUAUAGGAACCAUCUUCGUUGGCUUUCUCUUCCAAUCGCACUUCAAAAAAAACUGGUUUCCCGCAAAGUGGGCGAGAGCAAGAAGAAAACGCAAUAGCAGCGGCGGCAAGGCAGAAAGAGCCCCUGCGUAA